CGACUUCAUUUGCGGUAAAUCGAGUCGCAUUCUUCGGUGCGAUGUCCUCUGUACCAUUUGCAACGAAGACAUGGUUGGCCUGUGUGUUUCUGGGGAUUCUUCUCGUCAUCCAAUAUCAUUUUCUUGCGGUAUCAACCACUCCACUACACUUCGCACCCAAGUUAGAAGCCUCGCCGCUAGUGGAGUGGGCAUUUGUCCCGUCUCGCGAUGCCGAAAAUCCUGCGCUCAGCUCCGAUCAAUGCGACAAAGCGUUCCCGAAGCUUUACCACGAAAUUGACAGGGCUGUUGCAUACUGGAAGGAGCGAAGCCACAAGAUUGGGCCGGCAGACUUCAACAUCGAAGACCGCGAGGAUGGCGAUAUGGCAUCUACGGUGAUGAUUCACGACAACAACCUCAUCCUUACAAACGGUGGGCUGGCAGGCAGGCGUGGGCGCGCUACCCUCAGUAUGCUGUACCGGGCUCUCCAGGGUGCGACUGCUGCUGGAGAAACGUUGCCAACGGUAGAGUUUACGAUGACUCAAGAAGACCGGUCGAAAGUAUCGGGUACUUGGAACGAAACGACCACGGUGUUUGGCGCUGCUCGCGACACGAGUAGCGACUUCCACCAGCGGAUGUGGGUGAUGCCGGAUUUCAACUGGUUUGCCGAUCCACCUCAAGCAAGCGGAUUCCUGGAAAUGCGACGAAGAGCGGCAGAGCGUGAUGCUCCACUGGUCGCGAAGAUUGCCAAAGUCUUUUGGCGUGGCCACAUGUGGACAAACCGCCCCGUACGAGAGGGAUUACUGGCGGCGGCAGCGGGUAAAAGCUGGGGGGACGUUGCUGGAAUUGACGAGAUCGACGGCCACCGACACCCAGAUCAGAUGAAGAACGAAGACAUGUGCCGCUACAUGUUCACCGCUUAUACGGAAGGCGGUAGCUGGUCCGGCCGCCUGAAAUAUCAGCUUAACUGCAAUUCAGUCCCCAUCGUGCACGAGUUGCAGUGGCAUACCUUCUACCAUCACCUUCUCGUCCCGGACGGCUCUGAGCAGAACUACAUCAGUGUUGCGCGCGAUUACUCCGAUUUGGAAGAGAGGAUUAUGCCAUAUUUCGGAGAUCCAGCUUCGGCGCAGCGCAUAGCCGACAACGCCGUAGCUCAGUUUCGCGAUCGUUACACGUCGCCGGCAGCAGAAGCGUGCUACUGGCGCCGACUCAUCCGCGGCUACGCCGAAGUGUCGUUCACCCCCGAUCCGUACGUCAAAGUAAAGUCGAACGUUUCGGGCAUCGAAUUCCAGAGCACGGAGAUUAGAGGACAGCCAUUUGAGGUCGUUAUACUCUAGGUCGGCGAGACUGAAGACGACGCUGCCCUUUGCAAUGCCGACUGAAGACAGACUCGGUGGAUAUUGUCUUGCAAAGAUCUCUACGGGCUACGUGUCAAUCGAACGCCAGGGGAACGUGCUACAUUCAGAGCACUCAUGCGCGAGAGCAACUCAGCAACGGCGCCGAGCAGUACCCAUGACUGAAGUCAGGUUG